GCACGACGUGUUGUGGGAGGGCACAUAAUGGACAUGAUGUAGUUCGUAACGCGUAUGGAUUCUAUCUCUUGUUUARAGAGAGAGAGAGAGAGAGAGAGAGCCUCUGWAGUAGGCUAGCCUUCGUGGGGAGGCAGGGGGACGUACUGUGGGAAACACAUCGUUUCCAUGCCACACCACAGCAUUGAGCCCACGGGCGCAGUGAAGGCAUCGACUAUAUGGUUUUCAGAGCGUGGAGGAAAGAGAGAGGAAAUCUGUUGAGAUCACGGGUGUAAAUAGUCUGUUCAAAUGGAGAGACAUGGUGAGGAUGAUGAUGAUCCGAUGCAAACCAUAAACAGUCUUGAUAAAGUCUCUGGUCAAACUUUCCUAGUACACGACCUCUCUGGUAGUCUUCUCCCUGAGUUGGAAGAGCAAGGCACCAUGAGGAGGAAUGACUAUUAUAUCCCUGUAUCCUGCGAGGAGAAGGCAGCUGACUUUGGGAACACUAAGGAUGGUGGCGAUAGCAAAUAUAACAAGUAUGAUUCCAUCCCCUUGAACUCCCUCAAGUCAGAUGAGGCAGCCUCAGGCCCAAAACAGGGGCCUACAUUCCAGGAUGGCCAGCGGCGGGUGGACUAUGUUCUCACAUAUCAUAUCCAGAAACCCCAGAGUUUUCGUCGCAAGACAUCCCACUUCGGGGAUUACCGCAUCCUCAGGAGCCUGCGCCGCAGUCUGAGCAUGAUGAGAGGUCGGGACACGCCACCACCCAAAGAAGACCCUGAGGUUGCUGCCCACAAGCAUCGGCUUGACUACCAUGAGGAUGACAAGCGCUUCCGCCAGACUGAGUUUGAGGAUAACCUUCGAGAGAUGGGCCUGGAGCUAGAGAAGGAUGAGGGGAACAAAAUCCCAGGAAUUGGCUUCCUGAAGAUCCAUGCUCCCUGGAAUGUGCUCUGUCGGGAAGCAGAAUUCAUGAAGCUCAAGAUGCCCACCAAAAAGGUGUACGAGGUCAAUCAGGGAAGUAAUGUGGUGGAGAGGAUCAAUCUGUUCAUCCGCAAAGUGACUGCACCACUUCAUCCUAAAGUGGAGCCGAAUAGAGCCCAAAAUGUGAAGCAUCUUUCCCACCCGUUCUCCCGGGAAAAGCAGCACCUGUUUGAUCUCUCAGACAGAGAGUCUUUCUUCGACAGCAAAACCAGGGCCUCAAUAGUUUAUGAAGUGUUGAAACGUACAAGAUGCACGAAAGCCAAAUACACCAUGGGAAUCACCAGUCUCCUUGGCAAUGGUGUUUACACUGCUGCGUACCCUCUUCACGAUGGGGAUGUUGACGGCCUGGGGCCGGAGGCCAAUGACAGAAAGAUCUUGUAUGAAGAAUGGGCAAGCUACAGUGUCUUCUACAAGUACCAACCAAUUGGGUUAAUCAGGAAGUACUUUGGGGAGAAGAUUGGCCUGUACUUUGCCUGGCUGGGGGUKUACACCCAGAUGCUGAUCCCUGCUGCCAUAGUGGGGGCCAUAGUGUUCCUGUACGGCUGUGCCACUGUGGACAAUGACAUUCCCAGCAUGGAGAUUUGUGAUGCGAGAAACAACAUCACCAUGUGCCCACUGUGUGACCGCGCUUGCAGCUACUGGAAGCUGAAGACCGCAUGCGGCACGGCCAGGGCCAGCCAUCUUUUUGACAACCCGGCCACUGUCUUCUUCUCCAUCUUCAUGGCCCUCUGGGCUGCCAUGUUCAUGGAGCACUGGAAGAGAAGGCAAAUGAGACUAAAUUACAUCUGGGAUUUGACUGGCUUUGAAGAGGAAGAGAUGCACAAGGGCCACCAUAGGGCUGAGUAUGAGAUCCAAGUCAUGCAGAAGACCCUGAAGAAACAGGAUAUGUCUCCCAAGGAUAAAAAAGUGAAACUGACAUGUACAGACCGUGCACCAGCAUAUAUGACGGGACUUUUCACUAUGCUUUUUAUGGUUGGUGUGACCUUUGUCGUAGUGUUCGGGGUCAUCCUGUACAGAAUCUCCAUCAGGGCUGCCUUACACAUGAGCUCCAAUCCCACGGCUCGCACCAACAUCCGGGCAACUGUCAAGGGCACGGCUGCUGUCAUCAACCUGGUGAUUAUCAUCAUCAUGGAUGAGGUCUACGGUGCCUUAGCUCGCUGGCUCACUCUUCUUGAGGUGCCAAAGACUGACAAGAGUUUUGAGGAGAGGCUGAUAAUCAAGACCUUUGUUCUGAAGUUUGCCAAUGCCUUCUCCCCCAUCGUCUACCUGGCCUUCUUCAGGGGCAGAAUGGUUGGGCGUCCUGGGGACUAUGUGUAUGUUAUCGGGUCAUACAGGAUGGAGGAGUGUGCCCACGCAGGUUGUCUGAUGGAGCUGUGUAUUCAGCUCUGCAUCACCAUGCUGGGCAAACAGCUCAUCCAGAACAAUCUGUUUGAAAUCGGCAUCCCUAAAAUCAAGAAGCUGAUCAGGCAACGGAAGUCUGACAUGGACUCUCAGCAGCAGGAGGACUAUAACAUGACCCUACAGCGUCAUGAGAAGGACCACUUCUUGGGUCCCUUCGUGGGCCUCAGCCCAGAGUACAUGGAGAUGAUCAUCCAGUUUGGGAUGGUGACCCUGUUUGUGGCCUCCUUUCCCUUGGCGCCACUCUUUGCUCUGCUCAACAACAUCAUCGAGAUCCGUCUCGAUGCUAAGAAGUUUGUCACAGAGGUCAGGAGGCCCAUUGCAGCCAGAGCCAAAGACAUUGGCAUCUGGUAUAAUCUUCUGAGAGGGCUCAGCAAAGUAGCAGUCAUUGUAAAUGCGUUUGUGAUUUCCUUUACGUCAGACUUCAUCCCUCGACUAGUCUACCAAUACAUGUACAGCCCUGAUGGUUCCAUGCAUGGCUUUGUCAACCACACUCUGUCCUACUUCAACGUCAGUGACUUCCAGCCUGGCACUGCCCCUCUGCAGCCUAUGCACCUGGGGUAUGAAGUGCAGAUAUGCAGAUACAAGGACUACAGAGAGACACCGUGGUCCAACACACCCUAUGACCUCUCCAAGGAGUUCUGGGCUAUACUGGCUUGCCGGCUGGCCUUUGUCGUUGUUUUUCAGAAUGUGGUGAUGCUGAUGAGUGACUUUGUUGACUGGCUGAUCCCAGACAUCCCCAAGGACAUAAGUCUGCAGAUGCACAAGGAGAAGAUCCUCAUGGUGGAGCUCUUCAUGAAGGAGGAAGAGGGCAAAAAGCUCCUCCGAGACAGCCACGCCAACCAAAGUCCUCUUCAGCCCCGAUCUCGCCCUGCCUCACAUACACCUUCUAACUGCUAGUGCCCUGGUGGGCGGCUCCAUCUGCCCGUUCAUCUGGUCUGUUCAAAAACCUUCAGCCCCCCUGUCUGGACUUGGACACUCCACAUACACAGUGGCCUACUCAAGAAAAGAGGGAGGCAGUUAUUGGCAGGCUUCUGCACGUGCACCCAUUCUGACUUAUAGCAAGUCAUUGCCCAACCUUUGGUGAACCAGGUAUCAGGCAGAWRGCUCARAGKG